GGAAUAUAUUAAUAUUGAUUCAAUAUCAUUGGAUACGCAACUCGCAACAUAUACAUUGGAUAUUUAUCAUCAUCAUCAACAUCAUUUUGAGAAUCUAAUCGAGCACCAUGAUUCCAACGACUUAUGUCAAGGUGUAACGAUGCAGUAUGCGAGCUUUAUGUACCGUCAGUGCGCCAUUAGAGGUUUGCGCACCACCAUCGCAGCACCGUCCGCUGCAACCAGGCGCGCGCUUCCUCGCGCUACGUCUUCUCGGGACGCCCCAACCUCGCACACUCUAUUUCCUAGUCGAAGCAAAAAGUCGCGUGCGAGAAGUAUAUGCGCAAACAUGUCAUCACUUUUCCAAACAGGGUAUGCUGGAUACCGAACUCUUCGGAUUGGCAGUGCUAAUAGAUGGCGAAUAUCUCUUCACCGAUCCAGAAAGCAAAUUAUCAAAAUACGGUCCAAAAAGUUGGAGAUCCUCCCAUACGCAUGGCUUGGAUGCAAACGGAAAGCCGUUACUCGAGUUACACUUCCGCGUGCAAUUUUACGUGGAAUCGCCACUAAUGCUACGCGAUGAAGUCUCCCGCCAUAACUACUACCUACAACUAAAGUCAAAUGCCACACUUCGCGAUAUCAAGGAUUGUCCGGACCAGUCGUUGCUAAUGCUUGGCGGGCUCGCCCUACAAGCCGAUUUAGGAGAUUUCUCCGAAGAAUCAUCCGGCGACAUCAAACACGACGAAUAUUUGCCGCCCCAUUUACGGGUUUCGUGGGCGCAGAGCACCUUGAUUUCUUGUUAUCGCGAAAAUCGUCGCAUGUCACGUGCUGACGCCGAAACACAUUUUAUAAGAGCGGCAUGUGCCUUGAACGAAGCCAUCAAUACGCACAUUUUCCGGAUGCGAGCGAACAAAAAUGAAACUGGAAACGGGUCAGUGCAGUUGGUUAUUUAUGCAAAAGGCAUAAAAAUCUUCAUGGAAAAUCACGCAACGACAACAUUUUUAUGGCCUGGCAUCACAAAGCUCAGUUUCGACAGGAAAAAAUUCGAAAUCCGCUCGGGCGAGAACAAAAUUUUGCUGUAUUCCGCGAAUGAUGACAAGAAUAAAAUGUUGCUGGCUUUGUGCCGGGAAACGCAUCAAUUUUCGAUGAAAAUCGCACCGCGACUCACGGAAGCCAUUAAACGCGAAGAGGAGGAAAGCAAUUGCAUGCAUGCGUGUUAUUUGUAUUCGCGUGCGUUAAAUUUGCCGUACAAGAACAAGAGUGACCAACGGAUUUCCGUGAUUUCGAGCACGAGUUCGAACACGACGUCGGGUAUCGUGAGUGAUCGGGUGCAUUCCGAAGACGAGCUGGAAAUUCUUUUGAAUGGACAGGAAAGAACUGUUGGAGCUCCGUCGACCGAAAGUUUGGCACUUGCUCAUUUGCUGGAUUGUCCGAGUGUGAGUCGUCAAACGUCUUCCGUGGGACAAGUUUCCAUCAAAGAAAUUGAAGAAACCGGAUUUCAAUCGUCGACGCAGAAAAAGAAGAAACAACCAUGGCCCGUGGCAGCUCCGGCGGAAUUACCUGAAACGAGUGUCGAUCAAGGCAGCAACAAAGAUUUGAACGAUUCAUCGGAUUCGUUACCGAAUUCGGGACAUAAUAUUGGAUCGCAGUGCUCGUCAACGUGCAGUACAAUUGUCGUGGCAACAGAUGCAAUUUCAUUACCGCCCGUUACAUGUUCCAACGGAAGUCUCACAAAUGGCCAUUCGCGACGUCAGACAUCGACAUCGAGCAGUUUGGAGCUUGGAUUCAGUCAUACGGCGCAAAAUUCGGCAGUUAGUGAGGCAAUUCCGGCGGAAGAAGUCAUCAACGGAAACGAAGAUGAACAAGAUGCCAUGUACACAUCGGCACCCGCCCCAACAGAAACAAGUGGCGUUUAUACGAUGAACAGCAGCGAAAUUACCGGGCAAUCGAGCGAAGUAGCGGAUGAGGAGACAGAAUCGCAUGAAGCCAGCUCGCAUUACGGAUGUUUCAUGCCGAGCAAAAGUGAAGUAGAUUCAUGCAAUUUGGAUUCGGUUGAUGGCGAUUUUAGGCCUUUGGAAGAAAAUGCCUUUAGAGAUCGUUCGGAUUCGAAUGUCAGUGGCUCUGGUUCAUUCAGAGGUGACGGAAGUGAUCCUGCGGAUACGAAACAUCCCUUGCUUUCGGCUGAAGAAUUGACAGAUUUGAUUGUUGGAAGAGGUACAUAUCCCCUUUGCAAGACCGUAAGUCAUACAAUGGACUCCGAUAGUGAUUAUGUGACACUUCCGUUAUCGCUUGAGGGCGAAAGUUACUUGCAAGGUAGUGAAGAUACGGCACCCACGGAAGAAGAUUACAAUCAAAAAAUGCUUUUGGUACCGCCAACAGUCCCGAAACGCAUCGACAGUGAUCCAAAUAGGUCGCUUUCGAGUGUUGUCAAGUCUAUGUCGCCGCCUCCCUAUCACGGAGAACAUUUCACGACAGGGUUAAAAGGACCUGAUAUUCAAGCAAAAACGGAAAAACCGCCGCAAUACCAUGUAUCGCACGUCUUGCCAACACCCCCGAAGCCCGUUGAAGAGGCAAAUGCUCGUUUCAUCACAACAAAACCGCACAUCAACAUCCUCAAGGCACACACAUCUGUCGUUACGGAGCCUCACAAACCGAGUUAUGCCGCCCCGACGCAAUCUGUGACGACGUUAAGUCACAACAUGAGUCCCAAUUUGACGUCGGCAACAACAAUUGGCAUUCCCAUUGUGCCUUAUGUGAAUCAACCACCUCAUCGGAGCAUGUCUGUCUUAUCGCAACCGCCGAGAUUUAUCGAGCCGAAUCCAACUUGUGUACUCCUGCCUGUUAUUAAGCCACGCCGACGUCAACCGCCGCCUCCGCCAAGUGCCUCGAAUCAACUUGCGACAGUUUACGCAAGUCAACUUGCCCGUUCCCAAAUUGAGUUGUAUCAGCAGCAACUUUACAGCGAUGUUGACUACGUAAUUUAUCCGCUUCAGGACCCGGCGAUUAGUCAACAGGAGUAUUUGGAUGCGAAACAGGGAUCAAUUCUCGCGACAAUGGCAGCUCAAGCACCACAAGCUCCGCCAUAUUUGGCAUAUCAUACCGUUCGAGCGCACAAUCGCAGUUGGGAUGCCUGCAAAAAUCACUCGUUAUACCGCAGUACUCCUUAUCUCUCGAUGGCUUACUCGAAUCCGUCGCGAUACGCUUCAUCACAAAAUUUGUCAGACACGUAUGUGCAACUGCCCGGGACUUAUUCGCCGAUUUAUAGUCCCUCGGUGACGAGUUUGUGUUCAUCGUAUGACAUUCCGCCGCCGCCAUUGAGACCCAGCACGAUUGCCACAAAUGCAACAAUUUUUGCGAGAAGUCGUUCGGAUGAGAAUUUACUCAAUGGCGAUGUGAAUCCGAAUGUUUUGAGGAAACCAAGAAGAAUGCCGCCUCCGCCGCCGCCAUAUUCGUCGCGCACAAUGUCGAGCACGUACAAGAAGCCGGCUCUUCCAACGCCGAUUGAGGAUGAUAAACCGCCAGCAGUUCCCGCUAAACCUGCCCGUCUCAAGCGUCAACAAGAAGAACUAGCGAAACAAGUUCCUAUCGUGCCUUCGCCGAGUCAUGCCAAGUCACCGCUUAGGACAGAAAAUACGAUCACAACCACAACAACUUCCGCCGCAUCAACGACUGUUACAACAACGCAACCCGCACAAACGAACGGCACAAGUCCUCCCGCAAAGUCACAAAUUGACAUCAAUACGUUACGCGAAAAGAGCAAACAUCUGGAUUUGCCGUUAAUUUCCGCACUGUGCAACGAUCAGUCGCUUCUGAAACAAACACGGGCGUUCGUGAUGCCGAAACACCCGAAAAUGGGCUUGAAUCAGAUGAAUUUGAUGCCAAAGGGCAAAUAUCCCGUCAGCGGGCUCAAUACGACGCAAAUGCAGCACAAAAAUAGAGGCAAAAACUCGAUGAUUAGCCAUAGACAUCCUAACGAUAAAUUACCACCAUUGCCAUCAGUCAUUCAGCUAGCUGAGGGCAACAACUACGUCAUGGAUCCGACACCUGCUGCUAAGCACAAAAGCUAUAGCAGUGCCAUUCAACAAUCAACCUCAUAAGCUAAUAAUAUAAAAUACGAUUAAAAGCACCGUACUUUAAUAAAGAAAAAAGUAACAUAAACACGAAGAAAAAAUACUACAAAAGUUCAAAUUUUGAACAAACAUCAGUUAUCAGAAAAAUAGCCAUAAAUUUGUUUAUUAUAAUAAUUUUCUUCUUCUUUCAUGGAUAAACGUCUUUUAUGAUUUUUUUAUUAUUAUUUUUAUUGUUUAGGGUUAUAGGAUAUUUUUUGUUUGGUUUUUUUGUAUUAUUUUUUUCGAUAACAACAUUAAUAAUAUAAUUUAUUAUUUUUUUCUUGAAUAUCAUUUCUUUCAUUUCCUUUAAAUUUUUUGUACAUUUUUUGCUAUUUAUUUGUUGUUCGAAGGUUUCUUUAUAAAAAUUAAUGAUGAAAAAGGACACAAAAAAAAUCAAUAAAACAAAAAAUUACAGUUUUUAACAUUUAAU